UGGAUCAGAGGCUUUAAAAUCUUUUUUUCAUCUUCGAGCUGUAGCUCGGGCUGCUCGUCGGCUCGGCCUCUCCCCUUUUGCUCUCCGCCUCGCCUUUCCCCAGGACUUCGCUAUUUCGCUUUAAAAAAAAAAAAAAAAAAGGCAAGAAAGAACUCCGCUCCCCCCUCCCUUUCCUCCAGCCCGGCUGCACCUCUGUCUUGCACUUUGCACGGAGGGAGGAAGACCGCGAGGUUGAGAGAGAGAGAGAGAGAGAGAGAGAGAGAGAGGAAAGAAAAAAAAAAAAAAAAGAGCCAGGCAGAAGAGGAGGCGAGAAGCAUGAAGUGUUAACUCCCCCGUGCCAAGGCCCGCGCCGCCCGGACAGCGGCCCGCCGCGCCUCCAGCCCAGAGCGGCCGCCGCGCGCGCCCCGCCUGCAGCCCGGGCCGGCGAGGCGAGCACUCCUUAUGCAAAACGCGCAGCGGAGCGGCGAGCGGGGGACGCCGCGCACCCAGCCGGGCUCUUCUGGCUUCGCCGCCGCCGCCACCGCAGCCCGCAGAGGACCUUCCCGAGCCUGAAGCCGCCGGCUCGGCGCGCUAGAAGGCGAGCAGGCGAGGAGGGGCCGGGGCGAGCGAGCAAGCACAUUGGCGUGAGCAGCGGGGAGGGAGGGCGGGCGCGGGGGGCGCGGGCAGGGCGGGGGGUGUGUGUGUGCGCGCUCGGAGGUUUCGGGCCAGCCACCGCCGCGCGAGCUAGAAGCGCCCCAGCCCGGCAAGCUGGCUCACCCGCUGGCCACCCAGCACAGCCCGCUGGCCCCUCUCCUGCAGCCCAUCUGGCGGAGCGGCGGCGGCGGCGGCGGCAGGAGAAUGGCAUCAGAACUGGCAAUGAGCAACUCCGACCUGCCCACCAGUCCCCUGGCCAUGGAAUAUGUUAAUGACUUCGAUCUGAUGAAGUUUGAAGUGAAAAAGGAACCGGUGGAGACCGACCGCAUCAUCAGCCAGUGUGGCCGCCUCAUCGCCGGGGGCUCGCUGUCCUCCACCCCCAUGAGCACGCCGUGCAGCUCGGUGCCCCCUUCCCCCAGCUUCUCGGCGCCCAGCCCGGGCUCGGGCAGCGAGCAGAAGACGCACCUGGAAGACUACUACUGGAUGACCGGCUACCCGCAGCAGCUGAACCCCGAGGCGCUGGGCUUCAGCCCCGAGGACGCGGUCGAGGCGCUCAUCAGCAACAGCCACCAGCUCCAGGGCGGCUUCGAUGGCUACGCGCGCGGGGCGCAGCAGCUGGCCUCGGCGGCCGGGGCCGGCGCCGGCGCCUCCCUGGGCGGCAGCGGCGAGGAGAUGGGCCCCGCCGCCGCCGUGGUGUCCGCCGUGAUCGCCGCGGCCGCCGCGCAGAGCGGCGCGGGCCCGCACUACCACCACCACCACCACCACCACGCCGCCGGCCACCACCAUCACCCGACGGCCGGCGCGCCCGGCGCCGCGGGCAGCGCGUCCGCCUCGGCCGGUGGCGCGGGCGGCUCGGGCGGCGGCGGCCCGGCCAGCGCCGGAGGCGGCGGCGGCGGCGGAGGCGGCGGGGGCGCGGCGGGGGCGGGGGGCGCCCUGCACCCACACCACGCCGCCGGCGGCCUGCACUUCGACGACCGCUUCUCCGACGAGCAGCUGGUGACCAUGUCGGUGCGCGAGCUGAACCGGCAGCUGCGCGGGGUCAGCAAGGAGGAGGUGAUCCGGCUGAAGCAGAAGAGGCGGACCCUGAAAAACCGCGGCUAUGCCCAGUCCUGCCGCUUCAAGAGGGUGCAGCAGAGGCACGUCCUGGAGUCCGAGAAGAACCAGCUGCUGCAGCAGGUCGACCACCUCAAGCAGGAGAUCUCCAGGCUGGUGCGCGAGAGGGACGCGUACAAGGAGAAAUACGAGAAGCUGGUGAGCAGCGGCUUCCGAGAAAACGGCUCGAGCAGCGACAACCCGUCCUCUCCCGAGUUUUUCAUGUGAGUCUGACACGCGAUCCCAGCUAGCCACCUUGCUAAGUGCUCCGUGGGGGUCCGACUCGGGUGUGGGCUUGCCACUUCCAGAGCCUUGCUCGCCACCGCCUCGCCCCCUCCCCUCCCGAGCUUGCCCCCCCACCAGUUGCCCCCUGCGCGCACGCACACGCACACACACACACACACACACACACACACACACACACACACACACAGACACACACACACACACCGUGCUUCGAGCUGGUGGUGGUGGCGACGGUUGUUUUGAAGUCGGGGAGGGGCAGGUUGUCUGGCUCAUGCAUUGCCAAUCUGAAAUUCUCCAUAACUCGCUAGCUUGUUUGUUUUUGUUUUUGUUUUUUUUUAACACUCCCCCCCCCCCAACGUGCUCAAUGUUCAGCGAUCUCGGCAGAGUCCCUCAUGCUCACCUUUGAAGCCUGCAUCAUUCACAUAUUUUUUUUUCUUCAGUUCAUGAGCUGGUGUUCAUUUUCUGUGUGUGUGUUUUUGUUUUGUUUGGAUUUUUUUUUUAACUUGAGUUUUUGGAGCUUGCUGUGUUACCCCCUUUUUUUUCCUCCCCACACUC